AUGAGUCUUCCAACAAAUACUGACUUUACUAAUUUUAAUAUUGUUGAAAUCGAUGAGAAUCUUUAUUCUUGUAAAAUAUGCAAUCGAAAUUUGUCCAGAGAAGAAUAUUUUGCUACUCACAAUCGAACUCAUACUGGUGAAAAACCUUAUUUUUGUUGUAUGUGUAAUAAGAGAUUUUCAAGGAAAAGUAAACUAACUGCUCAUAGUGUAGUUCAUACUGGUGAUAAACCUUAUACUUGUAGUGUAUGUCUGAAGAGCUUUUCUUGGCAGAAAACUCUAAUUGCUCACCGUCAUAGUCAUACAGAUAAACCUUAUUAUUGUAGCCUUUGUAAUGAAAGCUUUUCAGAGAAACAUGCAUUAACUCAACACAAAAUGGUUCAUGCUUGCAAAAACCGCUGCAGCGUAUGUAAUAAAAAAUUUUCCUCAAAAAGUAAUCUAACUGCUCAUAGUGUGGUUCAUACUAGUGAGAAACCUUUUACUUGUAGUAUAUGUAAAAAAAGUUUUUCUCGGCUGGCAACUCUAAAAUAUCAUUUUCUUGUUCACACUGGGGAAAAACCUCAUUCUUGUAGCAUAUGUAAUAAGAAAUUUUCUUUAAAAGCAGCUCUAACUGACCACUUUCGUGUUCACACAGGUGAGAAACCUUAUUCUUGUAGUAUAUGUGAUAAGAGUUUCUCAACUAAAGUUCUUCUAUGUGGUCACAGUAAAGUACAUACUAGUGAAAAACCGUAUUCUUGUACUAGAUGUAAUAAGGUAUUUUCUCGUAAGUAUAAUCUAACUCGCCACUUUCUUCUUCACAGUGAAUGA